GACUUGAAAACAAUAGAGUCAGAUGAGAAAUUGUUGCACACACCACGUCGCCAAUCGUAUCAUAGAUUAUUCGUGGCACACGAGUCAGGGAUUAGAUCAAGUCGCGAAUCUGAAUCUUGAUUUCUCAGAGUGCUGACCUAAGCGAGCGAUUUUUUUGAGAAUGAUCUUUGAUCGCGGCUCUUGAUUCGUUCACGCGUGAUUGCGCGCGUCGUCGGAGAUCACAACGUCAACGUCGAACACAGUUAAUCGCGAUAUGCGCGAUCGUCGACCAGCCCACGCGUGUGUCGCAGAUCUGUUAGCGCGAAUAUUUGCGAGCGACUCGUGCUAGUUAUGGAAUUACACUAGACUGCUGUUCGUUUAAACAGGCAAGUGGAAUGAUCGCGAUAACUUGGAAAAAUCCUUCGAGAUCGAUCGAGGAUGCGUGUUAAAUACACGAGUAUCGAGACCGCGAGUUAAAAAAGGAUUAUCCAGGAUAGUGUCCGAAGAAGGAGUCGGAUUAGAGAUAGGAAGCUGCGAGUUUCUUGCGCAGGAUGUUGGCACUGCUACUGCUGACGGUCUGGAUCGCCCUGGCAUCUGAACUCGUCCAGGAUGGAGUAGCGACGGGGCAACGCUACACCCCGAGUCCGACCCAGGAUCUGGACAACACUCUGCAAUCGGUGUCACCCCUCGGGCCAAACGUGUGCAGAUCGAGGUUUAAAAACUAUUGCUGUCCGGGAUGGUCAAAGAAACCGGAAACAGGCUUGUGCGUCAUUCCGAUUUGCGCUGCGAGACGCUGCGGUCCUCUCGGGAGAUGCAUAAGGCCUAAUAUCUGUUUGUGUGAGGGUGGCGUGGUCGCUUCCGCCUGUGGCAACGGUCAAAGCAAAGUUAUAGCCCACGAGACUGGAAGUGCCGGCGAUCGCGGCGAUCGCGGCGAGACGGGCAGAUGUAAGGUUCACUGCAUAAACGGAAACUGCGUCGACGGCCGAUGCCAGUGUCGCAGCGGAUACCAGGGAGAAUUCUGCAAUGAACCAAUUUGUCGCGAGCCCUGCUUGAAUCAGGGAAGAUGCAUCGGUCCGGAUCGUUGCGCCUGCAUCUACGGUUACACCGGAAGACGUUGCGAAACCGAUUACAGAACCGGACCGUGUUUCACCAAAGUAAAGAAUGGUCAAUGCUUGGCGAGUCUUCAAGGGGUGGUUUGCACGCGACAGUUGUGCUGCGCCACCGUAGGCAAGGGCUGGGGUCAUCCCUGCGAGAGAUGUCCGGCCAGACUGGAUUGCGAAUUGGGUUACUUGAAAACCAGCCAAGGUCAAUGUGUCGAUAUCGACGAGUGCGAUGCAAUUCCUGGACUUUGCCAGGGUGGAAAGUGCCUGAACAGUCCCGGCUCAUUUACCUGCGAGUGCCCUGAGGGACAAGCGAGAGAUCCCGAGACCAAUGAGUGCAAGGACAGAGACGAGUGCCAGGAAGAAGGCAUCUGUGCGGACGGCCGAUGCAUAAACACGAUCGGCGGUUAUUACUGCCACUGCAAUCCGGGAUUCAUACAGAGCCAGGAUCGCAAAUUCUGCAUCGAUGGCAGACAAGGAUUGUGUUACACGGCGGUGAACCGUAACGGACAGUGCAGGAAUCGGCUUGCGAUGCGAUUGAGUAAAAAGGAUUGUUGCUGUGGCAAGAAUAUGGGUCGAGGAUGGGGAGAUGAGUGCUACAUCUGUCCUAAUCCUGGCAGUGACGAUUACAACAGGCUUUGCUCGCAACUGCAGUCGAUCACCGAGGUGAACGAGUGCGCGCUACGGCCGGACAUCUGCGGCGACGGGAAGUGCAUCGACACCAAGGAGGGUUACGAGUGCGAGUGCUAUCCGGGCUUCACGAGGAAGCCCGGCGGUAGAUGCGAGGACGUGGACGAGUGUCAGCUGGAUUACUGCCAGGGCGGAAUCUGUCGCAACUACCCCGGCAGCUUCGCCUGCGACUGCCCGCCCGGCUUCGUCGUUUCCGGCGAGGGCAGAUACUGCACCGAUCAUGACGAAUGCCAAGACACAGGCAUGUGCACCAACGGACAUUGCAUUAACAUGAACGGAUCCUUCAAGUGCAAAUGCAACGAUGGCUAUACACUGUCGCCGACGAGAAAUACCUGCAUAGACAUCAACGAGUGUGUGGAGAAUCCAAGAAUUUGCCUGAACGGCCGUUGCGAGAAUACGCCAGGGUCCUACCAUUGCAUCUGCCAAUCGGGCUUCACUCCUUCGAGGGACAAUACGUUCUGCGUGGACAUGGACGAAUGCUCCACCAGUGGGAUGUGCGAAAACGGCAAAUGCGUCAACAUGGAGGGCUCCUUCAAGUGCGUGUGCGACUCCGGCUUCAGAAUCGGCCCCGACCUAAGUCACUGCAUCGAUAUCGACGAAUGUGCGAAUUUGCCAUGUCAAAAUGGACGUUGCAUCAACACACCUGGUAGUUUUCGGUGUGAGUGCCAUCCGGGAUUCAAUCUGGGUCCUGACGGAAGAUCCUGUCUAGAUACGAGAAGAGAUCUGUGCUAUUCGCAGUACAGAGACGGCCAAUGCUCCAAUCCGACGUCCACAGCCGUAACGAAGUCGAGUUGUUGCUGCUGCACGGUGAUCCUGGGCCAGCCGAUGGGCUGGGGCAGCACCUGCCAACCCUGCCCGCUUCCAAACACCUCGGAGUUCGAAGCUUUAUGUCCACACGGUGCUGGAAUGACUUAUAAUGGCGACGAUAUCAAUGAGUGCGCUCAGAAUCCCAAUAUUUGCGUCAACGGUGCAUGUGAGAAUCUCAUGGGGACAUACAGAUGUAUUUGCGACAAUGGGUACGAAGUGGAUGCAACAGGCAAGAUAUGCAGUGACAUAAAUGAGUGUGAACUGGAGGAUUCCUUGUGUAGCGGCGGACAGUGUCGAAAUACGCCCGGUAGUUUUCAAUGCAUCUGUCCGACGGGUAUGAGGUACAACACGCAGAAUCAAAUGUGCGAGGACGUGGACGAGUGCGAGGAGUUAGGACCGGACGUGUGCUUUAAUGGCGUGUGCAUCAACACCCUGGGGGCUUACGAGUGCGAGUGUUCCCCGGGAUACGUUCUCGACAAUACCGGUCACAUUUGCAUGGACAAUCGGAGGGGCUCCUGCUGGACCAAGAUGAUAGACGGUCGCUGCGAGUACAACCUGCCGAAAUUGACCCUGCGCUCGGAGUGCUGCUGCUCGGUCGGGGUGGCCUGGGGCAGCCCCUGCGAGGUCUGCGAUCACUCCUUCUGCGAGUGCUCGAAGGGCUACGCGAAGGUGGACGGCAAGGGCUGCGCGGACAUCAACGAGUGCGAGCUCAACAGCGGGAUUUGCAAGGGCGGCACCUGCGUCAACACAGACGGCUCGUACCGUUGCGACUGUCCCCCUGGCCUCACUUUAGACACGACGCACACCACCUGUAUCGAUACCAGGCAAGAAUUGUGCUACUUGGACCAUCGUCACGGUCAAUGCACCAGUCCCAUAGAGGGUCAUUUCUCCAAGAGCCUCUGCUGCUGUUCCGUAGGCCGCGGCUGGGGCAGCGACAAAUGCGAGCUGUGUCCUAAAAUAGGCACGCAGGCUCACGCCGAAUUGUGCCCCCGUGGAGACGGCUUCACUGAACGUCAGGAUAUCAAUGAGUGCGUCGAAUUCCCGGGCAUGUGUUUGAACGGUAGAUGCAAAAACACGAUCGGCAGCUACAGUUGCAAGUGCAAUCAGGGCUUUGCGCUCGACGAGCAUGGUAUAAAGUGCAACGACAUCGACGAGUGCGAGAUUACGCGUGAGGUGUGCGGUAAUGGCACAUGCAGGAACACGCCCGGCAAUUUCCAAUGCGACUGCAAUCCUGGCUAUCGCAGCCAUGACAUUAUGAAGAUUUGCAUGGACGUAAACGAGUGCGAAGAGACGCCGGGAUUGUGUCGCGGUGGCACCUGCAUCAACACCGAAGGGAGCUUCAACUGCUUGUGCCCCCCAGGACACGAGCUGGGACCCGACAAGCAGUCUUGCAAGGACAUCGACGAGUGCUCAAGAACCAGCGGUAUAUGCUCGAAUGGCGUCUGCGAGAACAUGAUGGGCACCUAUCAAUGCAUAUGCGACGAUGGCUAUCAACAGACGGGGCUUAGAUCUCAUUGCGAGGACAUCAAUGAAUGCGCGGUUGGCAAUGGCGGCUGCGAAGACAUUUGUUUGAACACGCCGGGCAGCUUCUCCUGUUCUUGCCGCACUGGCCACGCUUUGAACCUGGACGGUCGAACUUGCGCGGACGUUGACGAGUGCAAGGAGAACCCUCGCAUUUGCAACGGAGGUAAAUGCCAGAACACACAGGGUGGCUACAUAUGCAACUGCACGAACGGCUUGCUGCCCGGGAGGGACGGUAUAUCCUGCAUAGACGUCGACGAGUGCGUGACGCAGCCGCGGGUCUGCGGAUACGGCGAGUGCUACAACACGAUCGGCUCCUUCAACUGCCGCUGCGAGGAGGGAUACUCGGUGAAACCGGCCGAGGGACCGGCGUGCACCGACGACGACGAGUGCCGGCUGAACGCCUAUUCCUGCAGCGAGUUCGCCGAGUGCCAGAACACCCAGGGCUCGUACGUGUGCACCUGUCACGAGGGCUUCACCGGGAACGGAAUCGAGUGUUGGGACAUCAACGAAUGCUCCACGAACAACGGCGGCUGCGACUCCAAUGCGCACUGCAUCAACACCGAGGGUUCCUUUAAGUGCGUGUGCGACGCUGGCUUUCGAGGCGACGGCUACAGCUGCAAGGACAUCGACGAGUGCGCGGAGGACAGUACGCUCUGCGAAAAUGGGCACUGCUUGAACUACCCCGGUGCUUAUCGCUGCGAGUGCGAGAUGGGCUUCAUGCACCCGGACGAGCGCAACGAGCAGGCUUGCGUGGACAUCAACGAGUGCGAGAUGUUCAGCAACCUCUGCGUCUUCGGUCAUUGCGAGAACAUCUUCGGUAUGUUCCGCUGCGAGUGCAACGAGGGCUACAAGCUCGACGGAUCCGGCGGCAACUGCACCGACGUGGACGAAUGCGAGAGCCCGCAGUCCUGUCAAUACGGCACCUGCAUCAACACGCAGGGCAAGUACAUCUGCAGGUGUCCACCGCAUCACGAAUUGGUGGAAGCCGGGAAUGCCUGCGUCGAUAGACGCGAAUCACUUUGUUUCACGGGCUACGAACAUGGUACCGGACGACCCCAGUGCAUCUUCGAGGUGGCGUCGUCAGUGACGAAGGCAACGUGUUGCUGCAGCAUCGGCACCGCGUGGGGCAAUCGUUGCGAGGAAUGUCCGCAGAUCGACACGAAAGAGUACGAUCAAUUGUGCCCCAGCGGACCAGGGUACAGGCCGAAUCGCGUGACGGUCAUUCUGGAAGACAUCAAUGAGUGUGAAGAGCACGAGAAUAUCUGCCAGAACGGGCACUGCACCAACACGUUCGGUAGUUUUAUGUGUUCCUGCAACGAAGGCUUCAUCCUGGACGGUUCUAAAACCAGUUGCAUCGACAUAAACGAGUGCGCGUUGCAUCCACGAAUAUGCGGCGUAGGAUAUUGCAUCAAUGAUCAAGGGAAAUACCAUUGCGAGUGCCCUGAAGGAUACAUGGCGAUGCCCGGAGGAAAGGAGUGCGUGGACAUGAGAAAGGAAGCCUGCUACCUCACUUACGAUUCUGGACAGUGCCUUAAUCCCAUGGUGCAGCCACAAACAAAGAUGCUGUGCUGCUGUUCCAUGGGAGCCGCGUGGGGCAGUCUCUGCGAGAAAUGUCCUGGCGAAAGGACCCGCGAACACGAGAUUCUCUGCGGACUGGUGCCAGGCCAGAUCAUGAACCCGAUCACAAAUCACUCCGAGGAGAUUGACGAGUGCGCCCUGAUGCCGACGAUGUGCACUCACGGCCGUUGCAUGAAUACGCCCGGCAGUUUUGAGUGUCAGUGCGACCGCGGUUUCAUUUAUGACCAGGACUCGCACCAGUGCAUUGACGAGAACGAGUGUCAACAGAUACCGAAUCCCUGCAGCGGGAACGCACAGUGCAUUAACAAACAGGGCUACUUCGUGUGCGAGUGUCCGGCUGGCUACAAGCUUGGACCGAGCCAGCACGAUUGCGUCGACAUCGACGAAUGUUACGAGCGAUCGGGCAUCUGCAGCAACGGCGCGUGCAGUAAUUUGCAAGGCGGUUUCCAGUGCAUCUGCCACUCCGGGUUCUCGUUGACUCGCGACAGAGACAAUUGCGUCGACAUCGACGAAUGCCAGCGCAAUCCGAACAUAUGCAAUAAUGGCACUUGCAUCAACACCUUGGGCUCCUACAAGUGUCAGUGCUACCAAGGAUUCAAGCUCAGUCCGAAUAACGACUGUGCGGAUAUUAACGAAUGUCGAAUUAUGCCGUUUUUGUGCCGCAACGGCCGAUGUCGGAACACGAUCGGCGGCUUCGUUUGCGAGUGCGCGGACGGUUACGUGUUGGCGCAAGACGGCCAGCACUGUCGCGACGUCGACGAGUGUCAUGAGAUACCGGGAUUAUGCCCAUCUCCAGGGAAAUGUCAGAAUUUAAUGGGAUCAUACAUAUGUACCUGUCCGCUAGGAUAUGAAUUGGACCAUUCCAGAAAAAAAUGCGUUGACGUGGACGAGUGCGUGGAGACGAGAGACAUUUGCGAGAACGGACGAUGCAUCAAUACGGAGGGUGGAGUGAUUUGCGAGUGCCCAGUCGGGUAUCAAUUAAGUGAUAGACCGAACUCGCUGAAGUGUAUCGAUGUCAGGGAGGAGCAAUGCUACGAUAAUUAUAGACGAGGCCAGUGCAGCUUCCCACGGGAGGGCGGCAUGACCAAGAAGCACUGUUGCUGCACGAUGGGCAAGGCUUGGGGCCGUUACUGCGAGCAGUGUCCGCCCGAGAAUAGCGAGGAAUUCAAGAGGAUGUGCCCGGAAGGGCCGGGACGGGACGAUACCGGGAUCGAUCUGAAUGAAUGUCUGUUUAUGACGGAUGCCUGUCACGGUGGCGAGUGCAUCAACACGGACGGCUCCUUCCGGUGCGAGUGCCCGACCGGAUACGUGCUGGACGAAACCGGGAGGCGAUGCGUGGAUAACAACGAGUGUCUGGCCGUGCAGAAUAUCUGCGGCAACGGCACUUGCCGCAACAUCGACGGCGGUUUCGAGUGCUCCUGCAACGAGGGAUACGCGCCCGGGGCUCAUCAGGUGUGCGAGGACGUGAACGAGUGUCUGGAGCUGGGCAAUCAAUGCGCCUUCCGGUGCCACAACGCGCCGGGCUCCUUCCGGUGCAUCUGCCCGUACGGGUACACUCUGGCGCCCGAUGGCCGCCAUUGCGUAGACGUUGACGAAUGCGCGACGCCGGCGAACGACUGUAGGUUCCAAUGCAAGAAUCUGAUCGGCACUUUCAUGUGCAUCUGUCCACCUGGCUACCAGAAGAUAGGGAUGGCGGACGAGUGUAAGGACAUCAACGAGUGCGCCAUCAACUCCGGCCUCUGCCAGCAUGGCCGUUGCGUGAACUUGGAAGGGAGCUACCAGUGCCUCUGCUACGAGGGUUUCGUGCAAAGCGAGGACGGAAAAUCGUGUAUCGAUCGAAGGAUCGGCUAUUGCUUCCUGCAAACGAUCGGCGGCAGAUGCACCGCUAGAACGUCGGAAGUGCGCACGGUUACGAAGGCGGACUGUUGCUGCACCAUGGGAGCGGCCUGGGGGCCACACUGCGAAAUAUGUCCGUCCAGAGACUCUGAAAAUUAUAACGAGCUUUGUCUGGACAAAGGAUUCUCCGUGGACGGGCAAGAUAUCGACGAGUGCAAAACCAUACCCGAUCUCUGCAGCAAUGGCCUUUGCAUCAACACACUCGGCUCUUACAGAUGCAUCUGCAAUAAAGGUUACAAGGCCGACAAAUCUGGCAUUCGAUGUAUCGAUAUUAACGAAUGCGAAUUAACGCCAAUACCGUGCAAGUACAAUUGUCAAAACACCGAGGGUAGCUUCAUCUGCUCGUGCCCGUCGGGUUUCAUCCUGAAUCCCGACGGUAUUAGCUGCAGAGAUUUGGACGAAUGCGCAACCGGAAAUCAUCUGUGCCAGCAAAAUUGCAUAAACACCCCGGGAAGUUAUACAUGCGAUUGCCAGGAGGGCUACACCCAACAGGGAGAUGCGUGCCAUGACAUAAACGAAUGCGAUCAACCGGACAUCUGCCCGCGACCCGGCAAAUGCAUUAACACCUUGGGAAGCUUCCAGUGUAUUUGCCCGAGAGGUUUCAAAUUAGACCACAGCGGACGAUUUUGUACGGAUUUCAACGAAUGCGCUGACGAUGCUAAUUGCGAACACGGUUGUCAGAAUCUCAUGGGAACGUUCCGCUGUGGCUGCCCAGACGGUUUCGUCCAACAUGUUUAUCACAGCCAGUGUAUAGAUGAAAAUGAAUGUAAUACUUCACCCUGCGGCGAUAAUACUUGCAUUAAUACUAUUGGCAGUUACAAAUGUGGUUGCCCAGACGGAUACCAAUUCGACAAUAAUUUAGCGAUUUGCGUACAGGUAAGCGCUGGAUGUCUUGGAAGUCCAUGUGCCUUUGGAUGUACUCCUAACGGAGGUCAUGGGUUUAUUUGUGGCUGCCCGACUGGUUAUCAGCGAAUAGGACAGGGUCACUGCCUGUCUACCAUCAAUCCGUCGCAUCAAGGACGCUACGACGAGGAUAUCGGGAACGUGCCGACUUUCCAAAUCAAUCCUGAUCCUUAUCACAUACCGCCGGCUGAUGACAAGACUAUCUCCACGGAAGGCUGUUUCUCAUGCAAGGUAAAUGGAAAGGAACGGCACAGAAGAGGCGCUAGAAACAAAACGGUGAGCAGAAAAAUCAGGGCGAGGAGAGGCGAGAUAAAGAAGAAACGUCGAAAUGCCAGGCCGAAGAGGCAUCAUCACGGAACGGAGCACAUACUCAAGAUCAAUCUGCGUCAGACGAGACACCGUACGCGGAUUAUCAAACUGCAAUCUGCCAUCGAGGGCGAGGACGUGGAUUACACAAUCGCGCGGGGCAACAACGACGAACACUUUGAGAUCAUCAGGAAACACGGCGUUUCUGCCUUGCACUUCCGACACCGACUAAAAAAUCCCGGCGAGUUUCGUUUAGUUAUCCACGGUCGUCCGAGAAACGCGACGGGAACGAGUACGGAAUGGGAAAAACCGCUGACUUUCACGAUCCGUCUCGUAGUCACGGAGUAAAAGAUCCCGUCGGAGGAAGGAUCCCAAAUAAAUAAUCGAAUUGCGUGAGAAGAUCACUGCCCGACACUGCGUAACGCUUUCUCUUAGUCAAUUCUGCGUAAUUAUCUCGAGCUACGGCAAAGUAUUAAAAGCACCAACGUACGUAAGAGAGGGACGCGAGUACCAGGAUGACGCGUAGAAGCCAGUAAUAUAGAGAAUCGGCAAUAGAGAAUUAGUCGUUCUCUCUUCGUCCGAUAGUUUUCUCGGAAAAUUUCAAACGGAGAGGCGACAGUUGUGCGAAGAUAUAGCGGAGCGCCUUGACCUUUUGUGUUCAAUUGCAUGCGGAUUGCGUUAUUUAACUGCCAGAAUGAUAAAUAUAUACCCUUAUUUUACAAAGCGAUUUCUUCACGACUGCCCAUCUCCUACGUCUUCGUUAUUUCUACACUGCCAGACAUAUCCAAUCGAGCACUCUGUAGGGGCGGUGCUCACGAUUCGAUGUUGUAUUCAAAAUCGUCCUAAAUCCAGCUAUGGGCAGUCUACGGAUUCUGUCCAGCCAACCGAAUGCCUGUACAGUGUCUGAGAUUGUGUCUGAAAUAUGAGAUUAUGAAUACCGAUCUAACAAUAAGACUCGAUGCUUUAUAUUUAGCUACGAUCCCGAGACGCUGUAAGCAUUUCAUUGGCUGGAUAGAAUCUCUGAAUACCGCCCAGGUUUGAGAUUGGUUUGAGAUUUUGACAAUUUUGUAUAUAAUUUCGAACCAUGGAAACCGCCCCUAUAGAGCGUUAGAUAGUCAACAAUUUAUGUAUCGAAAUAAUCUUGAUAAAUAUUCUAUUCCUGUUAAUUAAUCGCCAAUGUGUAAUUAAAAAUCAACAGACAGAAAUUCGUAAAUCAAUAAUUCGCUGUGUGCGUCGUCAAGAAACAAGUGUUCUCUCAAUUUACUGCCUGUAAUUGUUACGUAAAUAUAAUACGAUUAGAUUAGAGGUAACACGCUAGAGAUGUACAAACGCUAGAUUACUAUAGCUUUAAGCGACCGAACGCACGUGUACACAUUAUAAAAAAAAAAACAAUAUAGCUUUAUAUAUUUAUAAAUCUUAGCUUGGAACGCACAAAACGCGGCACGAAUGUAGUCUCAUGUACAAAAUCCAGUACACCUUGUGCUUAAACCUCAAAGAGAAUUUCUUAUUGUAGUACAUAUCAUCGAUAUUACGGCCUCAUUGAUAUACGUUAUUACGUCAUAUAAUACGUAUACGUUAUUACGUCGUGCCUAUAUCAUAGUGUAAGAAUUUUAAUUAUGUACAAUAUACUAAAGAACAUGUCAGUAUAAUAAAGAUGUGAAUAGAGUUUAUUUAAA